AUUCCUCACUCCUCUUUCCUGGGAGGGACAGAGAGCCGCUAUCCCCUUUAGCUAUUUGACACCUCCACACGAGGAGUUAACCUGUACCCAAGCGUGUAUUUAAUCUUCUGCACGCUCGAGCCUGCGGUUUCAAAGUGCUGCCCACCAGGUUCCUCUCAGCCGGUCUGCAGCUCUUAACACGGAGCAAACUUCCUACUGGAGAUGAAAAUAUCUGUUGUGUCCAAAAAGCUGUGGUGCGUCCACAAGCAGCUGAUUCUCCUGCUCACUCCGCUCGUCUUUCUGCCUUUACUCUUUACUCUGCCGGAAAAGGAGGGAAGAUGUCUUUACGUGGUGGUGCUGAUGGCCAUGUUUUGGUGCACAGAGGCCCUUCCUCUUGCUGUCACGGCGAUGCUUCCGGUCUGCCUCUUCCCAACUCUGGGAAUUAUUUCAUCUAAAAAAAUCUGCCCUCAGUACUUCCUGGAGACCAAUUUUCUCUUCCUUAGUGGGCUCGUUAUGGCGUCGUCUAUCGAGGAGUGGGGCCUGCAUCGCAGGAUAGCCCUGAAGGUCCUCAGCAUUGCCGGAGUAAAACCAGCCUGGCUCAUACUGGGAAUGAUGAUGACUUCAUCCUUCCUGUCCAUGUGGCUCAGCAACACUGCCACAACAGCCAUGAUGCUUCCUAUUGCUAAUGCCAUCCUGGAGAGUCUGUUUGGAGACCUGGAGAGCCUGAAACAGAAGUGCAAGGCCACAGAGGAUCCAGACAGCGAUAUAGUAAAUGGUCAGUGCACUUUAAAGUUGCAUUCACUGCCCUCCGUGCCCUCGGAAAAACAAAUACUGUCAAUAGAUGGGACGGAUGGGUCGGAGCAGGCUGACGUGAGGACAGCUGAGGAGAUCCGAUUGGAGUCCGAAUACCAGAUGAAGGUGUGGAAAGGAUUCUUGAUCUGUAUUCCUUACGCAGCCAGUAUCGGGGGGACCGCUACGCUCACUGGCACCGCGCCCAACCUCAUCCUGAUUGGACAACUGAAAAGCUACUUUCCGGACUGUGACCUUAUCAACUUUGGCUCAUGGUUCGCUUUCGCUUUCCCGCUCAUGCUUCUCUUCCUGUUUGUGGGAUGGAUAUGGAUUUCAUAUCUCUACGGGGGAUUGAAUACACGAUUGUGCUUCAAGAAACAUGACCACAGAGCCCAGGCAGAGGCCAGAGCCCAGGCUCUGAUAGAGGAAGAUUACAGGAAACUAGGACCCAUAAAUUUUGCAGAGGGAGCCAUCUCCUUCUUUUUUGUGUUGUUCGCUGUUCUCCUGUUCACAAGAGAUCCCAAAUUCGUCACUGGCUGGUCUGUUUUUUUUAAGAAAGGGUACGUCUCAGACGCAGUGACUGGAGUGAUCAUUGUGUCCAUAUUGUUCUUCUUCCCGUCGCAGAAACCUUCUCUGAGCUGGUGGUUUGACCCACAAGCUUCCAACACUCCCUACGUUCCUCUCCUAUCAUGGAAGAAAGCCCAGGACUCUAUUCCCUGGAAUAUCAUUCUUUUGCUCGGAGGUGGCUUUGCUAUGGCGAAAGCUUGUGAGGAGUCUGGCCUCGCCUCCUGGAUCGGGGGCCACCUCCAGCCUCUGGCUGAGGUCCCACCUGCUGCAGCUGUGAUGCUGAUCACUGCUUUCCUGGCCUGUUUCACCGAGUUCGCCAGCAACACAGCCACAAUUAUCAUAUUUCUACCCGUCAUUGCCGAACUGGCUAUUCAUGUCUCAGUGAACCCUCUGUACUUCAUGAUUCCUGCCACAGUAGGAUGUUCAUAUGCCUUCAUGCUGCCAGUGUCCACGCCACCAAACUCCAUCGCCUUUGCAUCAGGACAUCUCAUGGUCAAAGACAUGGUGAAGACUGGCUUUGUCAUGAACAUCCUGGGUAUCCUCUCGGUUACUCUGGCCAUGAACACGUGGGGUGUCGCCAUGUUUGACCUGAACACGUUCCCAGAAUGGGCUCAUCCCUUCAACAAAUCUGUUGUUGUUGCCGAUGGGCGUUUCUCGUCUGUGCGGUCACUCAAUGCAACUCUCUGAUCACCCACUUAAUCUCAGCAUGAGCAUGGAAGAAGUUACAGGAGUUUGUGUAAAGAUUUAACACUAAACAACGACAAUAAAAGUCUGCCUGUAGACGUCUACACUGCCAGUAAAAUGUCAGAACAGUCUGGGAGCUUAAGCUUCUACCUGUUAUGAUGUUUUUUCAUGAGUUAUAAUAUUCAAGUGUCUUUUCAGGCUCUCAGAUUUCAUGCAGUGAAGUUAGUUAGCAAGUGAGAAUCGAGGUGCAUUAUUUUACUCUGCCUACUUAAAACUGAACCAGAGAAACAUUUCACCUCCACAAAAAUAACAACAGCGGGAGUACUGAAGAGUUUUUUUGUAUGUUGUGUUUUGAAACUCAAGUGUAACUGCAGAGACUGCUGUUUGUAUUGAUGCUACAAGACUGACCUCUACUGAAUGAGAGAGGUAUUUGUUAAUAAUUAUUUUAGAAAUAUAUAUUUUUGGUCAAAAUCACUAAAUGAUUAUAUUACUUGUUUAUGUAUUAUAUAGCACAUGUUGAGUGACCAAAGUAAUAAAGCAAAAAUUAUAUUUUAAAUCUGUUCUAUAUUAGUAUUACUCCUGACAAAUGAAUGUGUAAAUUUUGUUAUAAAGUGAUUUGCAUUCAGACUAUAUAAAUGCUGUUACAAAUAAAUUGUUUGAGUUUGUUAUGAUAA